AUGCUUCCUUAUCUACUAUUAGUGAUCGCGCUUUCGAUAAUCGUCUACUUUAAGGACAUUUCGCCAAUUGGAUCUGCCAUUGGAUUCUCCAUCAUUGGAUAUGUGACGGUCGAUGCCUUGAUUCCAAGAGUCAGCGAUUCGUUUAUCAAGAUUGGUCUGUUUGGUAAAGACUUGAGCAAGCCUGGAAGACCAGUGAUCCCUGAAAGCAUCGGGUCUGUAUCUGCCACGGUGUACCUUUUCAUAAUGUUCUUUUCUAUUCCCUUUAUGUUUUACAAGUACCUGGUCACAACGUCUGGCGGCGGUUACAGAGAUGUGGUAGCCCAACAACAGACCCAGGAGCAAUUGUUCCCACAUGGUAAGUUAAGCGAGUUUUUGAGCGCGUUGUUGUGUCUAGAAUCGACAAUUUUGUUAGGUGCUGCCGACGAUUUGUUUGAUAUUCGCUGGAGACACAAGUUCUUCUUGCCUGCCAUCGCUGCAAUUCCCUUGCUUAUCGUCUAUUAUGUGGACUUCAGCGUAACUUAUGUGUUAAUUCCUAGAUUUGUUCAAGAAUUUUUAAACACAACGAUGACCUCAGUUGAUUUGGGGGCAUUGUACUAUGUGUACAUGGCAUCUGUUGCCAUAUUUUGCCCAAAUUCUAUCAAUAUUUUAGCCGGUGUGAAUGGUUUGGAAGUGGGACAGAGUAUUGUGCUAGCAUUCAUAUUUUUGAUCAACGAUAUUCUAUAUUUGACCAUGGGCGUCAACGAACACGCUCAAGAAUCGCAUCUCUUUUCCCUGUUAUUGAUCAUCCCAUUCUUAGGAGUAUCAAUUGCUUUAUUUAAAUGGAACCGUUGGCCAGCAAAAGUGUUUGUUGGUGACACAUACUGCUACUUCGCAGGGAUGGUAUUUGCAGUUGUAGGAAUUUUGGGUCAUUUCUCAAAGACUACUCUUUUGUUCUUCUUGCCUCAAAUAUUCAACUUCCUAUACUCAGCACCGCAGUUAUUCGGACUUGUGCCAUGUCCAAGACAUAGAUUACCAAAGUUUCAUGAAGAAGACUGGCUCAUGUAUACUUCGAGAGCCGAAUUCAAGGAGAAGAAGCCCAAGAAGAUUGUAUCGACAAUGUUAAAGAUAUUGUACAAAUUUAAACUGAUCGAUAUAAACAUAGAUCCAAAGACUAAUGAAAUAUUGGAUUGCAGCAACAUGACCUUGAUCAAUUUGAUCAUUGUUUGGUUUGGACCCAUGAGAGAGGAUAAACUAUGCAAUACUGUACUCUUGUUGCAAUUCUCCAUUGGACUAGCAGCCAUUUGUCUAAGACACUUACUGGGAUCACUACUAUUUGGUAACGAUAAUUUAUGGAAAGUAGUAUAA